GAAAAUAAUAAUAAUAAAACAGUUUCCCACCCCCACCCCUACCCCAUAUAUAUACGACUGGAUUACUGAUCAAGAAAGCUGCUCUAACAUUUGCGAUAUAUUUUCUCUCUCUAGGGUUUUCAGAUAUUAACGAUGGCUCGCCGUAGCUCAGGAAGAUCAGCACCCCGUGCCGCACCUCGUGCUGCUCCAGUCCGCAAUCCCCCUCAAGCAGCUAGCCAUGCUCCUCCUCCAGCUCCGGUUCAAGGCGGGGGUGGUGGAUCUAUGCUUGGAGGAUUAGGUGCUACCAUAGCACAAGGUAUGGCCUUUGGAACUGGGAGUGCUGUAGCACACAGAGCUGUGGAUUCUAUCAUGGGUCCUCGUACCAUUCAACAUGAAACUGUUGCCUCUGAAGCAACUGCUGCUCCUGGAGCUUCAGCUAGCAGUUUCGGAUCUGAUGCUUGCGGUGUUCAUUCCAAGGCCUUCCAGGAUUGCAUAAACACCUCUGGAAGUGAAAUCAGUAGAUGCCAGUUCUACAUGGACAUGUUGGCAGAAUGCAGGAGGAACUCUUCUUCUGGUUCCAUGCUCAGUUCUUAAUUAUUGUUGUUCUUCAUUUAUCUAUCUAUCUAUUGUGAGAAUGAUAGACUACUCUUGGUUGGACAAUUUUUAUAAGCAUUGAAUCUGUAUUUGCAUUAUGAACUGUAUCUGAAUUUGAUGAUACACAUUUUGAAAAUAAUUUCAUAUUGAGGUUCUAAUAAUGUGGUUUUGUGAGAAUUAAUUUGUUCCCCUU